UCCGGAAGUUAGUUUUGUCCAAACAUCCGGGUUCCUCGUUUUUCUGCGUUCUGGCUGAUCCCACCUCUCUCUGCCCCUAUACCUCUUCUAUAAGGCCCAGAUCUCUCCCACUCCUCCGCGUGCGGGAGUAGCGCGACCUUCAACGACGGGAGCCCUCGAGGGACAUGGCGUCUACGGCCGCGCCGGCCGGCGGCUCUCGAAAUGGGGCUGGCCCGGAAUGGGGAGGGUUCGAAGAAAACAUCCAGGGUGGGGGCUCAGCUGUGAUUGACAUGGAGAACAUGGAUGAUACUUCAGGGUCUAGCUUCGAGGAUAUGGGUGAGCUGCAUCAGCGACUGCGCGAGGAAGAAGUAGAUGCUGAUGCAGCCGCUGCUGAAGAUGAGGAUGGGGAAUUCCUGGGUAUGAAGGGCUUUAAGGGCCAGCUGAGCCGGCAAGUGGCUGAUCAGAUGUGGCAGGCAGGGAAGAGACAAGCUUCUAGGGCUUUCAGCUUGUAUGCCAACAUUGACAUCCUGAGACCCUACUUUGAUGUGGAGCCCGCCCAGGUGCGAAGCAGGCUCCUGGAGUCCAUGAUCCCUGUCAAGAUGGUCAACUUUCCCCAGAAAAUUGCAGGUGAGCUCUAUGGGCCUCUCAUGCUGGUCUUCACGUUGGUCGCCAUUCUCCUCCACGGGAUGAAGACAUCUGACACCAUUAUCCGGGAGGGCACCUUGAUGGGCACAGCCAUUGGCACCUGCUUUGGCUACUGGCUGGGCGUCUCAUCCUUCAUUUACUUCCUCGCCUACCUGUGCAAUGCCCAGAUCACCAUGCUCCAGAUGCUGGCACUGCUGGGCUAUGGCCUCUUUGGGCACUGCAUUGUCCUGUUCAUCACCUACAACAUCCACCUCCAUGCCCUCUUCUACCUAUUCUGGCUGCUGGUAGGGGGGCUGUCCACCCUGCGCAUGGUGGCCGUGUUGGUGUCACGGACUGUGGGCCCCACACAGCGGCUGCUGCUCUGUGGCACCCUAGCCACCCUGCACAUGCUCUUCCUGCUCUAUCUGCAUUUUGCCUACCACAAGGUGGUGGAGGGGAUCCUGGACACACUGGAGGGCCCCAACAUCCCACCCAUGCAGAGGGUCCCCAGAGAUGUCCCUGCUGCACUCCCUGCUGCACUCCCUGCUGCUAGGCUUCCAGCCACCUUGCUCAACGUCACAGCCAAGGCUGUUGUGGUCACCCUGCAGUCACACUGACCCCACCUGAAACCCUUGGCCAGCCCCCUUUAACCCAGCUGCAGAGUGAAGGAAGACUAAAGGACAGAACUGAUGACAUAUGUCUCUGUUGGGGUCUGCAGCUGCUACAGAACUGUAGCCACUGAAGCACCUCCUUUGUCACCUGUCGGGCUUCUGAAGGGCACAAGGCCGAGAACCCCUGGCCGGGACUGCAGGGCUCUGCAGCUAGUGCACAACGUGGGUCGGGGCCUCUGAGGCCCUCUUACCACCUACCCCUUCCUUCCUCUUUGUUUCUCCCACGUUGUCUUGCUAAAUAUAGACUUGGUAAUUAAAAUACUGAAGUUUGGAACUGCA